GUUUUGAGCUCCUCAAAAGUCCAGAGCCACCAUCCUGGGCGCAGGUAGCCGCUGGGCUCCGGGGGCACCUGGCGUCCUGCUUGGAGCGCGCUUCCCAGGACGGUGACACGAUCCCCUGCGGAUCGGCAGCCACACUGCCUUCCUGGACGCUGACAUGGAGGAGCUGCAGUCAGAUCUCAGCAUCGAGCCCCCCCUGAGUCAGGAGACAUUUUCAGACUUAUGGAGUCUACUUCCUCAAAACAACCUUCUGUCCACCUCGCUGUCCCCACCAGUGGAUAAUCUGAUACUGUCCCCAGAAGAGGUUGCAGACUUGCUCAGUGAAGAUCCGGAUGGAGCUCUCGGAAUGUCGACGGCUCCUGCACCCGUGGCUCCUGCACCAGCUGCCCCCACACCAGCGGCCCCUGCCCCAGCCACCUCCUGGCCCCUGUCAUCCUCUGUCCCUUCCCAGAAGGCCUACCUUGGCAGCUAUGGUUUCCGCCUGGGCUUCCUAAAUUCUGGGACAGCCAAGUCUGUCACUUGCACGUACUCCCCUAUCCUCAACAAGAUGUUUUGCCAGCUUGCAAAGACCUGCCCCGUGCAGCUCUGGGUUGACUCCACACCCCCUCUAGGCACCCGUGUCCGUGCCAUGGCCAUCUACAAGCAGUCACAGCACAUGACAGAAGUCGUGAGGCGCUGCCCCCACCACGAGCGCUGCUCUGAUAGCGAUGGUCUGGCCCCUCCUCAGCACCUCAUCCGGGUGGAAGGAAAUGUGCGUGUGGAGUAUUUGGAUGACAGAAACACUUUUCGACACAGUGUGGUUGUGCCCUAUGAGCCACCUGAGGUCGGCUCUGACUGUACCACCAUCCACUACAACUACAUGUGUAACAGCUCCUGCAUGGGUGGCAUGAACCGGCGGCCCAUCCUCACCAUUAUCACAUUGGAAGACUCCAGUGGUAACCUCCUGGGACGUAAUAGCUUUGAGGUGCGCGUUUGUGCCUGUCCUGGGAGAGACCGGCGCACAGAGGAAGAAAAUCUCCGCAAGAAAGGGGAGCCUUGCCCUGAGCUUCCUCCUGGGAGCACUAAGCGAGCACUGCCCACCAGUACCAGCUCCUCUCCUCAGCCAAAGAAGAAACCACUGGAUGGAGACUAUUUCACCCUUCAGAUACGUGGGCGUGAACGCUUUGAGAUGUUCCGAGAGCUGAAUGAGGCCUUGGAACUCAAGGAUGCCCAAACUGGGAAGGAGCCUGGGGGGAGCAGGGCUCACUCCAGACACCUGAAGUCCAAGAAGGGGCAAUCUACUCCCCGCCAUAAAAAAAUAAUGUUCAAGAAAGAGGGGCCCGACUCAGACUGAUGUCCUCUGCUUCUUGUCCCCUAUUGAUGCCCCCACACACACCCUUACCCCUCCUCCCUGGCAUUUUGAGAUUCUGGUGCUUGAAUCCCUGCUUGGUAUAGAUGUGCCUCAAGAAUACACAGGAAUUCUUCCGUU